AACUGUCAAUUUUUAGGAGAGCGCUGAGGUUUAAAGCGCUAAAAGUUUUUUCACUAAACCCUAGAGCMCACACAACACCCGAAAAAUAAGUUUUUUUCGCAGAUCUGUCAACUCUGGAUAGCCAAGACAAUUGCAAAUACACACAUAAUUAGUGGUUUUAAUCAAAAAAAUGGACCAACUUUCAACAGCAGAUGGCAAAUCUUGAUUUGAGAGAAAACAGUUGCGUCCUCGCAAGACUUUUUCUCUCACUGCUAGUCGGCAUUCGCAAACAUCCUGGAGCUUUCGCGAACAUUACCAUGUUCGCAAUAGAUGCUCGUUACUGGUUAAAUUGCAAUUUUUUGGAGAAACCGAAUAAUGACUGUAAUUUAAUGACAUCCUCUUUGCGAGCUUUGCACGAAGAGUUUAAUAAUACUUCAGCUAGCAGGCAGGUGGAACCCAAAACAUAUAAUUUGGCUGCCAAAUUGUUGCCUGCAUCAAAGCGGCGGAAUGUUGAUAUUUAUCAUAACAGGUUCGGUUCCAACUUACGCUACCAGAACCGAACCAAUUAGGUCACAUCCAGAUUCUAAUCAAUCAUCCCCAUCUUCCAGGUACCAACACAGUGGCGUCGGUGCAGGUUCUUUCAUUCAAACCAUCCCACCUGCAUCGAUCCCCAUCAAUCUUCCUGAUUGAAAUUAAAGGACAUUUCGAGUUUUCGAGCCACUGUCUGGUUUGCGGGCCUGGUCUGGUUCCCAUCAGUUGGUUCGUGACCGUUAAAGUGUUCGUUUCGUUACCAUUCAAUUGCCUUAAGUGUACGCAAAUCGCGCCGUCGUGCUUUGUCAGCUUCAAUUGUUUCGCAUUCCGCUCAUGUUCAUUGUGCAUUUUCUGCUUUCUGAAUCAGCACCUUUACCUAUUGGCUCCAUUGCCAAGUCCCACCACCGAUAAGAGAUGGGGGCGGUGGCGAGGGCGUCGAAGAGCGUCGGUCCAGCUCGCGUCGCGCCCCGAGUCUUCGGCUAGCAAACGGGCGGGUGGCAGCCGCCCAAUCCGAGGAAGAGAUCCGCUCUCCUCCGCCGCGUCGGCUGGCCAAAGAUGACUCGAUAAAGAUCAGCAUCGAGAAUACCAACACGUGUACGGACUCGUUGGUGACCGCGUUGGACGAUGAGACGUUGCUGAUCGCUGACUGUCUCUCCAACGACAUGAACUAUAACAAAGGAAGCGGUAAAGUCCACUUUGGAGUGGACGACAUGUCGCUCUAUGGGACGCCCAAAGAGGAACCGGGGCCGGUGCCUUUGGGCUCGGUCGAGACCAGCAAGCAGAGCUUCCUGAAGAACCAGCUCCAGGCGCUCUUCCAGCCCACCGACAACAAGCUCGCCAUGAAGCUGUUCGGCUCGAAGAAGGCCCUGAUGAAGGAACGCAUCCGACAGAAGGCUUCCGGUCAUUGGGUCAUCCAUCCAUGUUCCAGUUUUCGGUUCUACUGGGAUCUGUGCAUGUUACUGCUGCUGGUGGCGAAUCUAAUCAUUCUGCCUGUGGCGAUAAGUUUCUUCAAUGAUGAUCUGAGCACCAGAUGGAUAGCCUUCAACUGUCUAUCCGACACGAUAUUCCUAAUCGAUAUAGUUGUUAAUUUUAGAACGGGGAUAAUGCAGCAGGACAAUGCCGAACAGGUGAUCCUGGAUCCUAAAUUGAUAGCCCGACACUAUCUGCGAACGUGGUUUUUUCUGGAUCUAAUCUCGUCCAUUCCGUUGGACUAUAUUUUCCUGAUUUUCAAUCAGUUCCAGGACUACGGCGAUAGUUUCCAGUUUCUGCACGCUGGCAGGGCUUUGAGGAUUCUGCGGCUGGCAAAACUGCUCUCAUUGGUGCGUUUGCUGCGCCUGUCCCGUCUGGUGCGCUACGUCAGCCAAUGGGAGGAGGUUUACAUCUUGCAGAAUCUUCAAAAAAAGCGAACGGAAAGAAGAGGCCGAUACAGUUCCGACCUGCACAAGCCGAGCACCAAGAGCAACUUGAUAUUUAAGUUUCUUAAUAUGGCCAGCGUUUUCAUGCGGAUAUUCAACCUGAUUUGCAUGAUGCUUCUGAUUGGACACUGGUCGGGAUGUCUUCAGUUCCUCGUGCCCAUGCUUCAAGCAUUUCCAGCCAAUUCAUGGGUCGCAAUCAACGAACUACAAGUAAGGAACUUCAACAUCACUUCCAGGCUGACUGACUUUAAACAAAUGCGUUUGGAUUGCUUGCAGGAGGCCUAUUGGUUGGAACAGUACUCGUGGGCUCUGUUCAAAGCCAUGUCCCAUAUGCUCUGUAUUGGCUAUGGGCGAUUYCCRCCCCAAUCACUGACCGACAUGUGGCUGACGAUGCUUUCGAUGAUUUCRGGCGCCACCUGUUACGCCCUGUUUCUUGGACACGCCACCAAUCUCAUCCAGAGCUUGGAUUCAUCCAGGCGACAGUAUAGAGAAAAGGUGAAGCAAGUGGAGGAGUACAUGGCAUACCGGAAGCUCCCCAGGGAAAUGCGCCAACGCAUCACCGAAUACUUCGAGCACCGAUAUCAGGGCAAGUUCUUCGAUGAGGAAAUCAUUCUGGGGGAACUAUCGGAGAAGCUCAGAGAGGAUGUGAUCAACUACAACUGUCGCUCCUUGGUGGCUUCUGUGCCAUUCUUCGCCAAUGCCGACUCCAACUUCGUUUCAGACGUUGUUACUAAGUUGAAAUACGAAGUCUUCCAACCUGGUGAUAUUAUAAUAAAGGAAGGUACCAUUGGAACCAAGAUGUACUUCAUCCAAGAAGGAAUCGUGGACAUUGUGAUGGCCAAUGGGGAAGUGGCGACGAGCUUGAGCGACGGUUCCUACUUUGGAGAGAUCUGCCUCUUGACGAAUGCCAGAAGAGUGGCGUCGGUACGAGCUGAGACGUACUGCAAUCUGUUCUCUUUGUCGGUCGACCAUUUCAAUGCAGUUCUGGAUCAGUACCCGCUAAUGCGACGCACCAUGGAGUCAGUCGCGGCGGAGAGGCUAAACAAGAUCGGUAAGAACCCGAACCUUCUGUCGCAUCGGGAGGAGGACAUGGGCAGCGAAAGUAAGACGAUCAACGCGGUGGUAAAUGCGCUGGCCGCUGAAGCUGAGCACGUGAACCUGUCCCAAGAAUCCGUUGCCAAAUUACACGUAAGUGAAACGCGGUGCUUCGAAGGAACGAAGAAAAGGACAAUGUUGCCGAGACCGAAGUCGGAAAAUAAUUUCGGUUCACCGGACAUGGCCCUGGUGACAAGUUCGAAUGAUCGGCCGCUGUUUUAUAAAUCGGAUACGAUACAUAAGCAAAUGAGCAUGCAAUGACGACACUCCACGCACUAGUGUCUAGAGAUGACAGGUCGCCUUUGCCGGAUUCCAGUGGCUGCUGUGAUCACGUAAGCCGUUGCUUUUUUAUUUAUUUAGGCUUAGGAGACUUCUAGGUAGUCGUACGUCGCUGGCUCAGCUGCGGAAUGGGGGCGGGCACACAAUCUGACCACGCUGGCUGUAACAGAUUCGCUCGGCUCCGCCCCCCCAGUCCAGAGCUCAGUCAGCGGCACACUUUCGUUUUCAAGACGUCAAUUUAGAGGGUCGAAGGCUUAUCGACUGGCCACUGGACAUUCGCAGAGUACUUUUUGAACUGUCAAUGCCUCAAUGCACGACACUGGUGCGUGCCAGCCCAAAACACCACACACACACACACACACACACAUUAAAGCAAUAUUUCAAAAUAUGUAAUGGCAUUUACUAAGUUGUGCAAUACUAGAGAUCUACCGUAAUUGAGCUUUAAACAAUGUGCUCAAAACAUUUUCUAUAGCAAUUGUUUAUCUGGAACAUAUCCUUUUUUAUGCGGCUAUUCUAUUCCAUUGUUUCCUGUUGUAAGGCGGCGGUUUGAUUUCCGUUCUAUGGGGCGCAGGCUCAGUUUGCCGCAUGGUUCGUAUAUUGCGCGGGCGUAAUAUGUCUUUGUUAUACGGUAUAAUUUGGAUUAGUAAAUGCAACAGAUUUUUUAAAUUUCGGUGAACCUUGUCCAACAUGGUGUUUAUAAAUUAAUCAAUAUAUAAAAGUUUUAACCGGAAACGCGAAGAAGACGAUUAUACUCAGAAAAACCAGUAAAAAAGUGUAUAUAAACAUUUGUCCAAAAACGCAUCGUUUUCCUGAUACAGGGUGAUCCCGUUUCGUUUUCCACUCUAACUUUAGCAGCUUUUGAGAUUUUCGCCUCAAACCUGGAAUGGAGGUUGCACUCAAAGCACUACUUCGGUCAAUGUGUCCAACUAUUGAACUAAUAUACAGGAUGACUUUUCUCGUCAUCAGAAAGAUAAAUUAAAAAAUGUGUAAAAAUUUUAACCGGAAAAGUGAAGAAGACUAAUAUACUCACAA